CUGACAGUGUGUGUUUAGUGUGCAUGGGGUGAGAAAUCAGGGUUCUACAUUACAGGGCUGGAACUAACUGACAUAACUGAAGGGGGUGUAGUAAAGGAGAACAUUAUGCUGCAGAUAGCAACAGCACUGAUCAGCUAAGGAACAAAUAAGCCCUCCAGACCCACACAGAUCCAUCAGAUACCUUUCCAAACCUACAGGAUCUGGACACAAAAGGAGCUUGUUAUUCCGAAGAAUCCGUGAUCUAUCCAUUUCAUUCCUGAAAUUCAACCUUUGCUUCUCAAAGCCACGAAGGAUUUGCCUGCCACUCAAAGGAUUUCAGUUCUUCCCCGAAAUCUCCUACCCUUUUUUUUUUUUUUUGCAUUUUUAUAUUCUUAUGUAUUUCUGCACCCUUUUUUCCUAUGUGGAUAUGCAAGGUAGAAGAGAGAACAGCAUAAUCCCAUCAUGUCCAGAGCUUUAACCCAGCAGACUAAAGGAUCUGUGUCUACAAGCCCAGGGAGAGUAAAAGUUGAAGAUGAGGCCUUCAGAAGCCUGCUACUUCUUAAAAAUCAGCUUGAUGACCCUUUUCUGUUUGGGCUAUUAUGCCCAGAAACACCCCAGUUUAGACAUUGCAGUAAUUUUGGUGGGUACUUCAGACGAGGUAGCCAUAAAAGAUGCCCACGAGAAAGAUGACUUUCACCACCUUUCUGUGACACCAAGGGUGGCCCUUGUCACCAUGAAUGAGUCAGAUCCCAAGAGUAUCAUCACAAGGAUAUGUGAAGUCAUGUCUGAAAAGAAGGUUCAAGGUGUGGUAUUUGGUGAUGACACAGACCAGGAGGCUAUCGCCCAAAUUUUGGACUUUAUCUCUGCCCAGACACUUACUCCCAUUCUUGGCAUUCAUGGUGGAUCCUCAAUGAUCAUGGCUGAUAAGGAGGAAUCAUCCAUGUUCUUCCAGUUUGGACCCUCCAUUGAACAACAAGCCUCUGUAAUGCUUAACAUCAUGGAAGAAUAUGACUGGUACAUUUUUUCCAUUGUUACCACCUACUUUCCUGGAUACCAAGGCUUUGAGAACAAGGUUCGAAGCACCAUAGAAAACAGCUUUGUGGGUUGGGAGCUGGAAGAGGUUAUCCACUUGGACAUGUCCUUAGAUGACAAUGACUCCAAGAUCCAAAACCAACUAAAGAAGCUUCAAAGUCCUGUCAUCUUGCUGUACUGCACGAAAGAGGAAGCCACUUAUAUAUUUGAGGUGGCCCAUUCGGUGGGGUUGACAGGAUAUGGUUACACAUGGAUUGUACCAAGCCUGGUGGCAGGAGACACCGACACUGUGCCAGCUGAAUUCCCAACAGGCCUCAUCUCUGUGUCCUAUGAUGAAUGGGACUAUGAUCUGCCUGCCCGAGUUCGAGAUGGGAUUGCUAUCAUCACUACCGCAGCUUCCACCAUGCUGUCUGAGCACAACUCUAUUCCUCAGUCCAAGAGCAGCUGUAACAAUAUCCAGGAAAAUCGUGUUUAUGAUGCCCACGUGUUAAACAGAUAUUUGAUCAAUGUGACAUUUGAAGGAAGAAAUCUCUCAUUCAGUGAAGAUGGUUACCAAAUGCAUCCUAAACUUGUCAUCAUCUUGCUCAAUCAGGAGAGGAAAUGGGAACGGGUGGGAAAAUAUAAGGACCGAAGUUUGCAGAUGAAGUAUUACGUGUGGCCCGUUUUUGAUCUGUAUCCAGAUUCUGAGGAACAUAAGGACGAACACUUGAGCAUUGUAACUUUAGAGGAAGCACCUUUUGUUAUCGUUGAGGAUGUUGACCCGUUAAGUGGCACCUGCAUGAGAAACACUGUUCCCUGUCGAAAGCAGAUACGCAUUGAGAACCGCACCGAAGAGGGAGGAAACUACAUCAAGAGAUGCUGCAAAGGCUUCUGCAUAGAUAUCCUCAAAAAAAUUGCUAAGACUGUCAAAUUCACCUAUGAUCUGUAUCUGGUGACCAACGGCAAGCAUGGCAAGAAGAUUAAUGGAACAUGGAAUGGAAUGAUUGGAGAGGUGGUUACCAAACGUGCUUAUAUGGCUGUUGGAUCCCUCACGAUCAAUGAAGAACGCUCAGAAGUGGUGGAUUUCUCUGUACCUUUCAUAGAAACUGGUAUUAGUGUUAUGGUGUCUAGAAGCAACGGGACUGUUUCUCCCUCUGCAUUUCUUGAACCAUUUAGCGCUGAUGUCUGGGUGAUGAUGUUUGUGAUGCUUCUUAUCGUCUCUGCUGUAGCUGUGUUCAUAUUUGAGUAUUUCAGUCCUGUUGGGUACAACAGGUGCCUUGCAGAUGGGCGAGAACCUGGUGGUCCUUCAUUUACUAUUGGUAAAGCAAUUUGGCUGCUUUGGGGCCUAGUGUUCAAUAACUCUGUGCCUGUUCAAAAUCCAAAGGGAACCACAAGUAAGAUUAUGGUAUCAGUCUGGGCCUUCUUUGCUGUCAUCUUCCUAGCCAGUUAUACAGCUAACCUUGCUGCCUUCAUGAUCCAAGAGGAGUAUGUGGACCAGGUGUCUGGCCUCAGUGACAAAAAGUUUCAGAGACCCAACGACUUCUCCCCAGCAUUCCGGUUCGGGACCGUUCCCAAUGGCAGCACAGAAAGGAAUAUCCGUAACAACUACCUCGAGAUGCAUGCAUAUAUGGUGAAGUUUAACCAGAAAUCUGUGCAGGAUGCUCUUCUAUCUCUAAAAACUGGUAAGUUGGACGCCUUUAUCUAUGAUGCUGCUGUACUCAACUACAUGGCUGGUCGAGAUGAAGGAUGUAAGCUAGUGACUAUUGGAAGUGGCAAAGUCUUUGCUUCUACUGGAUAUGGAAUUGCCAUUCAGAAGGACUCAGGAUGGAAACGACAAAUUGAUCUGGCAAUUCUUCAGCUAUUUGGUGAUGGAGAAAUGGAGGAGCUGGAAGCUCUCUGGCUAACUGGUAUUUGUCACAAUGAGAAGAAUGAGGUUAUGAGUAGCCAACUGGACAUCGAUAACAUGGCGGGGGUCUUCUACAUGUUGGGGGCAGCCAUGGCUCUGAGUCUGAUCACAUUCAUAAUGGAGCACCUCUUCUUCUGGCAGUUUCGGCAUUGCUUCAUGGGUGUUUGUUCUGGAAAGCCAGGCUUGGUGUUCUCUAUUAGCAGGGGUAUCUACAGUUGUAUACAUGGUGUUGCCAUAGAAGAUCGGCAGUCAGCCAUGAAUUCCCCUUCAGCAACAAUGAACAAUACACACUCCAAUAUACUGCGUCUACUCCGCACUGCCAAGAACAUGGCCAACCUGUCUGGAGUAAAUGGCUCCCCGCAGAGCGCCCUGGAUUUUAUCCGACGGGAAUCCUCAGUAUAUGAUAUCUCUGAGCAUAGGCGAAGCUUCACUCACUCUGACUGCAAGUCCUUCCAACCAGAGGAGAAUCUAUUUAGUGACUACAUCUCUGAAGUGGAGAGGACCUUUGGUAAUCUUCAGCUGAAAGACAGCAAUGUAUACCAAGACCAUUUCCACCAUCAUAGACCACACAGUAUAGGGAGCAAUAGCUCUAUUGAUGGGUUAUAUGACUGUGAUAAUGCACCUUUCACUACACAGCCCAGAUCUCUUUCAAAAAAACCUCUAGACAUAGGUUUGCCAACAAAACACUCAACAACCCAAAUAGGUGACCUAUAUGGUAAAUUUUCCUUUAAAAGUGACCGUUAUGGUGCCCCUGAUGAUUUAAUAAGGUCUGAUGUUUCUGACAUUUCUACACAUACUGUCACCUAUGGCAACAUUGAAGGCAAUGCAAAGCGCAGGAAACAAUAUAAAGAUAGUCUGAAAAAGAGGCCAGCAUCUGCCAAAUCCAGAAGGGAAUUUGAUGAGAUUGAACUAGCUUACCGCAGACGUCCAAGGUCACCUGAUCAUAAACGCUACUUUCGGGACAAAGAGGGACUGCGAGAUUUUUAUCUGGACCAGUUCAGGACCAAGGAAAACAACCCUCAUUGGGAGCAUGUGGACCUAACAGACAUCUAUAAAGAAAGAGGGGAUGAUUUUAAGCAUGAAAGUUCAUGUUCAAACAGGCAACAUCAGAAGCAUGCACCUGAGUUUGCGCAAAAUGAGCGUAAACACGGCACUGGAGGGAACGCGUGGGAGAAAAAUAUGAGUAACUUGGAAUGGGAGGAUAGAGCCGGCACCAACUUCUGUCGCAAUUGCCCUUCCAAGAUGCACAACUAUUCAGCCCAAAAUACCAAUCGUCCUGCUUGUAUCCGUUGUGAAGUCUGCAAAAAAGCAGGAAACCUUUAUGACAUCAGUGAGGACAACUCUCUGCAGGAUUUGGAUGCUCGACCAAUUGCAACCUCCAACUCCAAGUAUCCACAGAGCCCAUCCAAUGGCAAAGCUCAGAAACGAAACAGAAGCAAACUCCAUCGCCAGCAUUCCUAUGACACAUUUGUGGACCUUCAGAAAGAAGAUGUGACCUUAGCUCCCCGCAGUGUCAGCCUGAAAGAUAAGGAGCGCUUCUUGGAUGGUAGCCCUUAUGCCCACAUGUUUGAAAUGCCCAAUGAGACCUCCUUUGCCAACAAGUCCCAUGGUUCAACUCACAAUCCUGGGGGUUAUAUGCUCAGCCGUUCCCUGUACCCAGACCGAGUCACUCAAAACCCAUUUAUUCCCACAUUUGGGGAUGACCAAUGUCUGCUUCAUGGGAGCAAGCCCUACUAUUUUAGGCAGCCUGCAAUUGGUGGCUUGAAGGGAAGGUCGGACUUCCGAGCAUCUGGUAAAUCACUCACUGCCCUACAUGCAGGUCCCACAGGCCGUUUCCAAAAAGACAUUUGUAUAGGAAACCAACCCAAUGCCUGCGUUUCAAACAAUAAGAACCCCAGAUCUUUCAACAACUCUACCAAUGGCCAUGUGUAUGAGAAGUUGUCCAGCAUUGAAUCUGAUGUCUGAAAGGGGGAGGUGGGCUGGGACCUAAAUCCUCCCCUUCCCAAUUCCCAAAUUUUAUUCCCUUACAGUGAAGCAGGACAGAUGUGUUCCUGAGUGCUGUUGGAGCAGAAUAUAUGAGAUGCAGCCUUUUUAUUCUCAUCAUCUUUCUUCUCUUCCUGGGGCCAUCUCGUCCUUCUAACCACGUGGAGUUCAUAUCCCAGCCUGCUGAAACACCGAGCUGACAUCAGACGAGGGGGGAUUCUUUGAUUUCAUUUACUAAAGACAUGGCUUGAGCGCUGUAAGGGAGAAAGGAAAGAAUGGGUAAAGACAUUCUAAAGAGUUUUCUUCCAACACGAUAUGAAGAGCUGGAAGAACACAUAGUGCCAGGGGAUCAGAAGCAGAGCAUAAAGUUUCAGAUGUGGUUAAGAUAAAUAGGGUACAGCUUACAUUGUAGAAAGCUUCCAUGAAACCGUCUAAUUUGUUAUAGAAGUGGAGACUAGGUAGCUUUUAUAGACAAGCCUAGGAAUAUUUAUUAUGGGAGAAGAAAAAAUGACUGGGAACUGCCCACUGUGAAUGCUGACGUAUGUCUGUGUGGAGAAUGUUUAAAACAUAGGUUUUAAGAAUUCUAUGACUACAAGUAAGACCUCCAUUUGUCCAUCCACCAAAACACCUUAACUGUUUUCUUUUAUCUGCAUACAGUUAAUUUUGAUUUAGGUAGACCAAACAUAAAUCUUGCUGCCAUAACUACCCAUUAGCUAAAUGGAAAGUGAUAACACGUAAAGCCUGAAAGUCACAAGAGUCAUCUUAUAUGAUCUUUGUUUUUUUUUACCAAAAAAUAUUAUGUACUUUAAGGACGAAAACUAAUUCUGCUGAUAGCUCAGGAACAUCUUUAUAAUUUUUCAGGUCAGUAUCAAAACUUCAGCCCAUAAUUAAUUUGCAAACCAUAUUGAUAUAGAAUAGCUCCGUAUAGUAUUAGAAACACUUUUAUAACUUUUUAUAUUUUUUGGGUUUGCAAAUUUAUUGAUUCUGCCAUCGAAUAAUGCUUGUUUUCAGUAUUCAUAAUUGCGGGCAUUUUUAUUUAAACAGACUGUUUUCAGAAAUAGAUUCUAUAGAUAUAUCAGAACAAUGGGAUACAAGAAGCAUACCUGGAUCCAAGGGCUUCCUAGCAUGGCACUGUGUUAAGGAACAGAUAAUACCAGUCUGAGUUAAGGAUUUUGGCUGUCCUUCAUAGUGAAGGAAAUAUAACUUGCAAUCUUGACGCUAAAGCUGUCAUUCAUACUAUUUAGUUUAAACUAAAACUACACUUUUAACUGUAGGUAGAUGUUCAGAGUCCAGAUCUCUAUCAGGGGAAAACCCAAAACAAACCACCUUUCAAAUUUAUGAGGCAGAUUGAUAGACUGUUUGGUAGCAUACUUAAGAUGAAUGCUGUAAAAUGCUGAUGAAUGCUGUGAAUGCAAGAGUAAAAUUUGAAGGAAAAACAUUGCAGAAAAAUGUUUGAUGAUAUUGCACAGAUGUUAUUGGUACUCUGAGGGCUAAUUUUCAUAUGGGCUUCACUUUGGUUAUACAGAUGAAACCUGUAAUAUAUUUUUCACAUAUCUAUUUGUAUUCAUGUAUAUAUCAGCAUAUUAACAUCUUACAAGAAUAUUGGAUGGACAUCAGAAUAAUUGCUUUGUAUGUGGCGAGAGUACUGAAAAUGGUGUGGCUGAGUGUGGUGAAGUCAGAUGAUUGAGGGCAGUAUCCUAGCACAAGAGCUAAGACCAUAAGGGCAUUAAUAUUCAAUUCUCCAAGAUGACACAUGGUUUUAGAUACAGAAACACAGGAAGCGUUAACAUAGCCUCCAGUUAGUCCUUCCAUCACGUUGAAUGUGAGGGGAGAUAAAUAAAGGUGCCCAUUCGGUCAUCAGAAACACAGGACGGGACCACACACCGCCCACUGUUAAUUUAUUUAGCUUUGUAAAUAUGUGGUUGAGACUUUUUUUUAAGAAUAGACUUUUCAAUGAAUUCGUACUGACACAGAGGGAGAAAGUCAUGUGUCCUGCCCCGAGACACCUGUUCCUAGAGGUUUCAAGGCUCUGUAUCCCUGUGCCAUUUCCAUGAGUCAUUUGAUCUUAGUUGCCUAGGAUCCCUGGCUCUGGCUUUUUUUUUUUUUCUUCAUGUGCCAAUUGACAGAGCUCAGUCCUGGAGGUGAGAUGCUCUUCUUUGUGCCAAAUCCUUGAGUCGCCAGAUGCCAGGCUCUGACUAAUUUGUGCCAAAAUACUGAAGCCACCUUAGAAAUGAAAGACUCCAGUUAACUGACACCCUCAUAGAAUAGCCUGCAAUUUGAAGCCAUCCAA